CCAGUUCAACGCCAGACGCGGAUGGAACAAGAGCUCACAUGAGUUGUGGUGUACAUGGAAAAUUGUGACGGACUUUUUUGGGAAAGUUGAGAGUUGAAGGAGAAUGUAGUCUUGUGAAAACUUAUACGGAGAAUAUUUUGUGAUUACGGUUUUAAACAUUUGUGCAGUAGAUAUUUAAAAUUGUAUGAGUUUGUACGUCUCUAGUUAUGCAAAAAUCUCUGCCACUCGUUGGAACGAGAGACUGAAAACAAAUGGAAAUUUCAGACAAUGUUAAGUGUAGCUUAUCAGGAAUCAUGAUAAAGUUGAUUUAUUUAAGAACAUUUUAACAAUAUAAAUUUCGAAGUUGUCCGAAGUUUUGAAGUUGUAAUUUCGAAGUAAAUUUCCAACCGGCAAAAAUAACGUAUUAAUUCUGUUUUAAGUAAAGAAAGAAAUAUUGCUUGUAGAAAUAUUAUUUAACGAAAUUUUGUACAGUGCUAUAUACAUAAGCAUUUAUUACGGGUUUAUGUAUGUACUUAACCUUUGGAAAGUUUGAAAAAGUGUUUCUAUGAUCUUACAAACAGUGAUUGCUUAGUUCCAGCAAAGUGUGCAGAUUAUUGCAAACGUAUACAUACGCAUAAAUAAGUAUUUACAUAAAAACUAAUCAGGUUUCACUCAAAUAAAUUAUUAUAAUAAGUUAAUUAAUCCCGAGACUGAUGGAAGUCAUUUAGGUUUAUUAUGUAUGUAUGCAUUACACUGACUCCAUAAUUGGCCAGGUGCAAGGAUAAAUAGGGACAACUGUUCAAGCAGGAUGACUUACUUUUGUGUCAGAUCCCUCUCUGGACCCUGAAGUACUUACUUGUCCAGCGUGUCCAUAAUUAUAUAGUUAAAGUGAAAUUGUGUCAGUGAAGUGAAAAUUUAUUCGACUUUGUCCUUACUAAACUGUGGAGUGAAAGUUAUUAUCAUUUCUGCAUAACUUUUCCCAACGAAUGUGUCCCCGUGGGGAAGAAAAGCAGGUGGACGGGCAUCGAUGAUCUCGGUGUCAGUAAGAGGAGACAAGAUCGUGGAUCACCACGCGCUCAUCAGCAUCUCAGACCUCAACCACAAAGUGUGGGGUAGCCCAACCUCUCCUAACAUGGGAUCGUCAUCAGGGAACAACUUGAGGCACAGCUCUGAAAUGGACAUGGGGCCGUUUCACGACCCCAACCACUCCUCCACCAUCGAUGAGUACGACCCCGACGAAGAAGACUAUGACGAUUACGAUGAAGGCGACGAUGUCGAAUUGGAAUCUCAUGGGAAAGGAAGCAACCGAAAUUCAGAUAACCACUCCCACCAAGUCACUCCUUCGUCUCCGGCCCCCACCACAACGACAACAAUGUCAACUGCCACCACCACCACCAUCCAGCCAAACCUCCCUCCAUCCUCCUUCGAUUAUGAAGAAAAUACAAAUUCUCCCAAGAACUUUCUCCGCUUUCUCCGCAAGUUGUCCAACAUGACGAGAGACGCAGGGAUGGACGUCCGCCUGAAUUGUGAGGCAGAAGGAGUCCCAGCCCCAAAAACGAUAAAAUGGUUCAAAAACGGAGUUCUCGAACAACUUCGUGCUGACAGAUUUCGAAUCAGACACACGCGAAGAAAAACUUCCCAGGGAAAAAAUUCCCCUGUUCGAAUUGUGGGGUCGACGCUGAGAAUUCGCUCGUUGGAAGUGCUGGAUAAAGGAUUUUACACGUGCGAAAUCCUCGGUGGUGGUUCCUCGAAUAAUAAAAUUUCGUCCACCGCGAUCUUGGACGUGAUUCAUGACCCAGGUCUCGACUCUGGAGUCAUCCCCGAUUUUCGUAGUCCAUUCGAGUCAUUUCCUGAAAUCGGAGAGUCUGGAAAUGUACACAGAAUCGACAGCUUCCAUCGAAUGUCUGCAGCCAGUAACGGUGCCCCUUCGGGUAGAAUGACUGAUGAGCAUGAUUCCCUCGUAAUGCAACCACCCAAAAAUGGUCAUGGAUUUUGCCAACCAUACCGUGGCUCAAUAUGCCAACAAUAUUUGGGAAAUGGUACAAUCUACGUUUCCACUGAAGAUUCACAACUCAUUUUAGAAAACAAGCUAAAAGAAGCCGUGAAUUUAAUAAGACUUUCACCUGAAAUUUCCGAACAAUGUUCCACCUUUGGAAUUCCAUCCCUUUGCCACUACUCAUUCCCCUCGUGCUCUGGUGGUCAACCACGCCGCCUGUGUCGCGAAGAGUGCGAACAUCUCUCAGAAUCCAUAUGCAAAUCGGAGUACACACUCGCCAAGUACCACCCACACUUACCCCUCCCACAAUGCGCCACCCUGCCCCCAGUGGGGUCGCCGGGUUGGUCGACCUGCCUCCGACUAGGCCUCCCCAACGGGCAACCCCUCCUCCAAGAAAGUCAGCCCUGCUAUAAAGACCGUGGUGUCGAGUAUCGGGGUCCAGUCAGUGAAACCACUUCCGGUCAGCGGUGUCACCCUUGGCACAGUCAGAAAGAAGAGUACAAAUCCACCGAUUACCCCGAACUACGGGGCGGACAUAACUUUUGUCGUAAUCCGACCGGUGCGGAACAAGGGCCGUGGUGCUACGUGAAUCAAAAUGGGUUUGGUGGAGGGCGUGUCGUGAAGGAACUUUGUCUCGUUAAGCAGUGUGGCUUCUUUGGUUAUGAUGACAAAUUAUGGCUCACCCUGUCUGCCGGGUUAUCAUCUCUGUUCCUCGUCCUACUUUUGUGUCUGGUGUGUUGCUGCUGCCGGCGAUGGAGGGGGAGAAAUCAUACCCAAAACAAGAAGUCGUCCUCGUCACCCCCAUUUCUCACAAGCGUGUCGAAUCAUCCCCUCUCCGGAUCCACGCAACACUUUGAGAUGAACAAUCUCCUCAAAAAUCUGAGCGUGUCGGGCACUCGAAGCAAUAACAGUGGCGGCGGCGGUGCGGGAAGUAUUUUGAACGGAUUUAGCUCCGGAAUUUCCUCCUCGUUCGAGAAACAUACGUACAGUCAUUUAAAUUUGCCGGAAGUGGCGGUGGGUAACGUCCACCUUUUCGAAGAACUGGGUUGCGGAGCAUUUGGGACAGUUUAUUUGGGCGAAGCGGUCCUCCGGAGUGGUGCAGGUGAGUUACCGGUCAAAACAGUGAUAAAAACGUUGAAGGCGUCCGCAUCUGCCAAAACGAGGCAGGAUUUUUACCGGGAGGUUGAGCUAAUGGGUGACCUACGCCAUCCGAACAUUGUCUGUCUUUUGGGCGUCGUGACGCAGGAGGAGCCGCGCUGCCUUCUUUUCGAACAUAUGAGUCAGGGCGAUCUGCACGAGUUUUUGAUAAGCCACUCCCCCCGGGCGGACCCUGCUCUAGCCUCGUUUAUCCUCCAAGGAAAUGAAAUGCUCUUCAUUGCGACACAAAUCGCGGCAGGGAUGGAGUACUUGGCGGCGCAUCAUUACGUCCACAGGGAUCUUGCUGCAAGAAAUGCUCUCGUGGGAGACGGAUUAACCGUGAAAAUUUCGGAUUUCGGACUUUCAAGAGAGAUUUAUAAUUCAGAUUAUUACCGCGUACAGUCAAAAUCAUUGGUUCCUGUCAGAUGGAUGCCACCUGAAGCCAUCAUGUACGGAAAGUUUAGCACGGAAUCCGACGUUUGGAGCUUUGGCGUUGUAUUAUGGGAAAUUUAUUCGUACGGUUUACAGCCCUACGUCGGCUACCAGAAUCCAGAAGUGAUCGACAUCAUCCGCUCCCGCCAACUCCUCCCAUGUCCCGACCUCUGCCCUCCUCGCAUGUACUCUUUAAUGGUCGAAUCUUGGACCGAGCUGCCCCAUCGACGCCCCACCUUUGAAGAAAUCCAUUCCCGCCUAAAACUCUGGCUCCUCCCACUUCUCGGUCCGACCUCCACCUUCAGCCCGCACAUUGUCCACCCGCCCCACAAUUCCCGCUACCCCUUCGUCACCCCACCCUCCACGGCGAGCAACAACUCCGUCAGCUCUGCCCAAUCGAGCAAUGUGACAGGACCGCUGAGCAAUAAUACGAAUUCGACCUCGGUGUCGACCCAGUGGCCGGUGACGACGGGUCAAGGUCAAGGGUCAACUUCCGGACCCCUCCGCACUUUCCAACCAUCAAACAAUAACAACAAUGGGGACUGUGUCGCAUACCAAAGUACGCAGAUCGUUCAUCCGACGAGAAAUGGGUAUUCGUCACCGUCGCCGCAAUAUCAAAAUUCGACGGUACACUUUCACUCGGGGUCGGGUCGGAUAAGUCAUAACGUUCAGGGACAACAUUCUUCCUCGCCGUAUAGGGUUUUAAUGGAGUCGAAGUCUACAAAUAUUUGAAAAAUAAAAAGUUUUUUUAGUAAUCUUGAUUUAUUUUGAUUUUAAGAAAUUUGAAAUGCAUGAUUACAGAUAUACCCUGCUUAUGUAUGUAUGUACGAUUAGAUAGCUGGGAUUGGUACAAAUUAGAUGGCUGGAUUUGAAUAAAAUAAUUUGAUAAAGUUUGCAAA